AUGGAGGGGAUUCACCUCCUUCGGGACCUGUUGACUCCUGGGGACUGGAUGGUGAAGCUGGAUCUAAAGGAUGCUUACCUGGUCCCGUUGGCUGCUCAUUCCAGGGAUCUUCUCCGAUUCUUGUGGAGAGGAGAGACCUGGAGGUUCACCUGUCUCCCAUUCGGAUUGUCUUCGGCUCCUUGGUGCUUCACCAAGCUGCUACGUCCAGUCGUGUCAUGGUUGAGGAGUCGGGGCGUGCGCCUCAUAGUUUACCUAGACGACAUCCUCCUGAUGCACGAGUCCAGUGCGAGGCUGCUAGAGCAUCUGCGGUGGACGGCGGACCUGCUGACGGACCUCGGUUUCCUCCUCAACAUGGAGAAGUCAUGCCUCAUCCCAUCGCAACGGAUGGAAUUCCUGGGCUUCAUGGCCGUGUUUCCGGCCCGGUUGCACUACCGUGCUCUCCAGCGACUGAAGAUCGCGCAUCUUCGGACCGGUGCCUCCUUUGCGGACGUGGUGGUCCUGGACUCGGAGGCCCGAGAGGAAUUGCGCUGGUGGAUCGCCAAUUUGGAAAAGUGGAAUGGCAGGGUGAUCGUCGGAUUCCAACCGGAAUUAACCAUCGAGUCGGAUGCGAGCCUCCAGGGAUGGGGCGCUCAUUGCAACGGAGUUUCCACGGGAGGAUCUUGGUCGGCGGCGGAGUCUCGCCUCCAUAUCAACGCCUUGGAGCUUCUGGCCGGCUCCUUUGCAGUCAAGAGCUUCUCCAACGGGAUUGCCAAUGCGUGCAACCGGUUGGGCGGUAUCCACUCGGCAACCUUAGAGCGGUUGGCCAAGGAGUUUUGGUCGUUUUGCCUCUCCAGGGACAUCAUGGUGCAGGCAGAAUACUUGCCGGGACUGAGCAACGUUUGCGCGGACGGCAGCGAUUGGCAGUUGGAUCCGGAGGUGUUCUCUGCGAUUUCGGACCUAUGGGGCCCGAUGACCAUCGAUCUCUUUGCUUCUCGGCUCAACAGGCAACUUACCCGAUUUUUCAGUUGGCGUCCGGAUCCGGAAGCAGUGGCGGUGGACGCGUUCCUCCAGGACUGGUCGGCGUCCCGCCUUUAUGUUUUUCCCCCGUUCGCGAUGAUCCCACGGACUCUCCUUCAGGUUCGUCGCCAUCGGGCGGAUUUGGUCGUUGUUGGGGAUCCUAGUCGAGGUACCUCUUCUUCUCCCGCCUCGCACGGACCUCCUUCGCAACCCUCAGGGCCUUCACCACCCACUUCUCCUCGACGGUUCCCUGCGGCUGUUGGCGUGCCGGAUCUCCGGACACCUAGAGCUGUCGAUGGCAUUUCGGAGGCGACUCGACAGUUACUGGACAAUGCAUGGGCUCCCGGCACCAGAAAGUCCUAUCGGGCAGCCUGGAGAAAUUGGACUAGCUGGUGCUUGGAAUGGGACUUGGAUCCCGUUUCGGCGCCUGUAGCUCACCUUUUGCAGUUUCUCACCUCACUUUUUGAGGCGGGCAAGGCAUACCGGACCAUCAACCUCUUCAGGUCAGCUAUUUCCUCUACCCAUCUGGGUUAUGAGGGCGUCCCUGCGGGUCAACAUCCUUCGGUUUCUCGCCUGUUGAGGGGUUCUCGGUUGGCGCGUCCUCCUCAACCUCGUUUUUCGACUACCUGGGACGUUUCUCUGGUCCUUUCCUUUUUAUCCUCUUGGCCGGAUAACUCAGCUCUUUCGUUGAGACAAUUGUUCGCUAAAUUAUUGGCUUUAUUUUGUCUUAUUUCUUGCAAAAGGGUGUCGGAUGUUCGGGCCCUCGAUUUUGACGCUCGUUCUUUCACCCCUGAGGGUGUCACUUUCAACAUUUCACGUCGCACCAAAACUAACAUCAGAUCUGUCUCCUAUCCCAGUUUUCCUUCUGCUCCGGUUUUGUGCCCUGUGGCCUGCUUGAGGGAAUACGAGUCCAGGACUAGGGCCCAUCGGUCUCCUGAUAUGUCUCAACUGUUUCUUUCCAUCGCCAUCCUUUUAGACCGGUUUCUAGUCCGACAUUGGCACGCUGGCUGA